AUGGUCCAACACAGCAUUAGAAGCACAGACAACACCACCAAGGGCCGCCUAGCUCUAGUGACAGGGGCGAGUGGUGGCAUAGGCUCAUCCGUUGCCCAUGCUCUCGCCGCCGAGGGCUGCGAUGUCGCAUUACACUAUUCGUCAAGUCAGGCGAAGGCGGAUGCUCUGGCUCAAGAGCUGCGCGAUAAGUAUCCAUCGCAGCUCUUCGUCCCCUUCCAGGCCGACCUCUCCUCGAGGGAAUCGACCCGGAACCUGGUGCCUAGCAUCUUCGCCAACGGCGAGGUCGCGCAGAAGCACAAGGCCGUCUCGGUGCUCGUCGCCAACGCCGGCCUCGGUCGCCGGAUCCGCGACCCGGCGGACAUUGGCGAAGACGACUGGGACGAGAUGAUGGAGGUCAACGCCCGCAGCCAGUUCGUCGUGACAAAGGCCUGCCUGCCCGGCAUGCGCGCUCAGGGGUGGGGCCGUGUCGUUCUCGUGGGCAGCAUUGCGAGCCGCGGUGGGGGGAUCAACGGGUGCCACUACGCCGCUACCAAGGGCGCUCUCUGCUCAAUGGGUCUUAAUUUGGCCACGUUCUUGGCACCGGAGGGUGUUACCGUGAAUAUUGUGCUGCCCGCCAUGAUUGGGGCCACUGGCAUGAUUGCCACUCCGAAAUCAACAACCUGGGAUAGUAAAGAUGACCUUGAGGAGUUGAGGUCCACAGAUCCGGGGCUGGCCAUUGCUGCCAGCGUCCCGGUCCACAGAUUAGGCGCUCCCGAGGAAGUGUCAAACGUUGUCGUAACUCCAAAAACCAUCGGUCCAUCACCAACCGCCGCGUUGGCCCGACAUUCACCGCGCCCUGCCGUUGCCGCUUCCGCCGCCGCCGCCGCUGCCCCCUCGCGCCCACACGCUUGGACCGAAGAGGAGGAAGAAGAGGAGAAGGAGGAGAAACCGAGCACACCGAGUCGCCGACGUAAUAAUCGCAACACCAUGUCUGUGGACACCGCUGCCGCCGCCCCCGUCACCGACCGCCGGCCUUCUACGAUGAUGGUCAGUCCCCCGCAUCAGCAGCACCACCGCUUGCCUCACGCGGUGACGGCUACUGGGAAAGAGAGGCGGGUAUCGCGCGCUUGCGUCUCCUGCCGGCUCAGGAAGACGAGAUGUGACUUAGACUAUGGUGGUAACCCAGGUAUACCACCCUGCCGUCGCUGUGUAAGAGAACAAAAAGAAUGCGUCCUAGCAACAUCAAGGAGAGGCGGCCGACGGCCCCGUAAGUUUGUCCGCUUACCACAAGGUGACGAUGCCGUCUUCCCGCAUCAACAACAACAGCAACACUCGGACACCGUCACCGGGCCGGCAGCCUACGACUCAGGACCGGGAGCUGGAGACGUCGGCAUUUCCUCGGCGACGAACAUCCGAGAACACCAGCACAUGCACCACCAGCGCUCCACCAGCCCGGCGGAUUCUCGGCACCGCAACGACGGCGGCGAGCCCUGGUCGUGCUCCCCCGAAGAAGACGACGACGGCCCGGCAGAGAGGCCGGCGAGUUGGCCCGGCUCCACUUCGCAGCCGGACAGCCCCGGCGGCAGGUCGACCUGGUCUCUCAAGAGUUCCGGCGAUAUCGAGGGCCACAUCACCUCCAGCGACUUGUUGAAUCCUUCUGACGCGCUUAAUCUCCUGGCGCAGGUUGCUGACCUCGAUGGGGAGGAGCGGCGUGACGAUAUGCGACACCUGUCUGUGAGUGAUGCUCCGGGUCGGGAUAAGUGCAGUCCUAGGAAAGGGUCACGCAAGCCAUCGACACCUGCGGCGACCCAUUAUCCGCCAAUAUCAGACGGUGUAUUAAGUCUGCCUGUCGCUUCACGUCUGCUCACAUUAUACAUCGACCACUUCCACCCCUUCUUCCCCGUAGCAGACAAAUGCAUCCUCACCCACACCCCCGCCACAGUCUCCUCCCUCAUCGACUCAGAGCCUCACCUCGUCACCGCAAUCUUCACAGUCGCCUCCAAAGACGAGCCAUCCAUGACCCGCGUCCACGAGGCCUGCUCGCGGUACAUGGAGACCCUCAUCUCCAAGCUCAUCUACAAGGGGUCCACCACCGUCGGCGCCGUCGAGGCCCUGCUCAUCCUCGCGCAGUGGGCGCCGCAGAGACUGCAGGAGAAGCCUACCGUCGGGCGAGGCGAGGAGGACGAGGGCGCGUGGAUGCAGAUCGGCGUCGCGAUACGGCUGGGGUACCUGCAGAGUCUGGAGCAGACGGGGCUGUUGUCGGAUAAGACGAGCCCGUCGUCGGAAACGUUUCGGAGGAAGAGGUUGGUUUGGGCUGCUUGCUACAUGAGUGAUAGGGAAGUGUCGAUCCGUGUAGGCAAGGGGUUCUGGUCCCGUGGGCCGGGGCCGUCGACAGUACCACGCUCUGCGGACUUCCCAUCUCUAAGAAUACAGGAAGCCGGGGGAGACAACCUCGGACAGCUGUUCCAGGCUCAGCUUGAGUUGAUACAGCUCUUCAGCAAUGCUCAUGACAUACUAUACUCAUCAUCAAGUCAUAGAGCUCAGCUGUACCUCGGCGGAGAGUACGUGAGGUAUAUAGAUGACUCUUUCGCAGUACUUCGUAAAUGGAAGAUCGUCUGGGGAAGCCUCAACUUCACGCCCCUAAUAAAAGCAGGCCUCAACCUCUCCUACGAGUUCCUCCGCCUCUACAUCAACGCCUUCGCCUUCCAAGCAACAAUCAACCGCGCAAUCACCAAAGCCCGCCAACAACAGCAGCAACAGAUGCAGCAUAACCAACAACAAUAUCAACAGAGCCAGCAGAGUCAACAGCAGAACAUGUCCUCAAAAGAUCAGAAACAGCAACACAACGGACACGAGACGACGACGGCAACCCAAGCGCCAGCAAGACACCCACCACAACCACUGCCGCAGCCACCAACGACGACAAUCAGCAGCCCCCUAUUCGCGGACCUCGCUAGUACGCCCGACGCCCGCUUCAUUUACGAAUCAAUGGACGCGGCCAACUCUCUUCUAAACAUCCUCAACUCCUCUGUAGAUCCGGCUACCGGGUUAAGGUACAUGCCGCUAAAGUACUACCUCUACGUAAUCUACGCGGCCGUGUUUCUCUUCAAGGCCCGUCUCGCUGGCGCCCUAGGAAGCGAGGCCUCAGAAAGCGUCCGCCGCUCAAUCAACGUCACUAUCGAAGGCCUCCAACGCUCGUCCCUGAGCCCACACAGCUUGGGUCAGCGCUACGCGCGCCUUCUUUCCCUGCUAUGGCGUAGUAAACCAGAGGAACAGCAGCAACGGAGUCAAGGACCUACCCUACAAUCCAACGUCACCAUCUCCGGUCCUGACGGUCACGCAGUCGAUGCCACCAACACCGGAGUACCGUGUCCGGCGUUCGGCCUCCAUAAUGGGGCAGGCGGCCCCGGGUCCGUGUCGGUGCACGUACCGACUGUACCGAGCUCGGCCGGUGCCGGUAACAGCAAUGGGUAUGGAGGUCUUGGUGGACAUGCCGACCAUCAUCAAGGGUUUGGCGGGAUGUCGCAUGGUCAUGCGCAUUCGAAUAUAGCUGCCUUCCCUCAUCAGCCCGAUCUUCUUGUCAGAGGCUUCUCGUGGCGAGAUCUAGAUGAUCUGGGGCAAUUCAUCGGGCCGGCGGACAUGAACUUUUCUGAUCCUGCCAAUUUGGCGGUGAUGGGCGGGUCGAUUAACCUGGAUGAAGGGGCAGGAUAUGAUGUUCUCUGGCCUGGGAAUGACGUGGUCUUUUGA